AUGCCAUUCUUGUGUUUAGACAAUGAAGGCAGCUUCUGGAACAGUGGGGGAGAGGGCUUUACUGGUCGAGGGCUGAGGGGUAGAGGUGGAGGUGGAGCUGGAGUUGGAUUUGGGAGCUCUUUCCCCUCAGGUGGAAGAGGGAGAGGAGGAUACAGGAACAACUCCUCUUCAGGGAAAGAUGAUAAUGGCAAUGAUGAAGGGUUCGGUAGUGGUUUUGGAGGCAGAGGCGGUCGCGGAGGCCGAGGGGGCUUCAGUCGCGGUAGGUCUGAUGCAGGCGGAAGAAGAGGUGGUAGAGGAGGUUACAGAGGAAGAGAUGAGGAGGUGUUCUGUAAAGGGUCAGACAUGAAUGAAGGCGGAGGUGAAGGUAAAAAUAUAGGUCCCAGAGUGGUCUAUGUGCCUCCUCCUCCCCCUGAGGAGGAGGACUCCAUCUUUGCUCACUAUCAGACAGGGAUCAACUUCUCCAAGUAUGAUGAAAUCUUGGUGGAUGUCAGUGGCAGCAACCCUCCUCAAGCCAUCCUGACGUUUGAGGAGGCCGGCCUGUGCGAAACGCUGAGCAGGAACGUGAGCAAGUCCGGCUACGCGAAGCCGACGCCCGUCCAGAAACACGGCAUCCCCGCCGUCAUGGCGGGGCGGGACCUGAUGGCCUGCGCGCAGACCGGCUCGGGCAAAACGGCCGCCUUCCUGCUGCCCAUACUGCAGCAGCUGAUGGCCGACGGCGUGGCAGCCAGCCGCUUCAGCGAGGUCCAGGAGCCAGAGGCCAUCAUCGUGGCCCCCACCAGGGAGCUCAUCAACCAGAUCUACCUGGAGGCCAGGAAGUUCGCCUACGGAACGUGCGUGCGUCCGGUGGUGGUGUACGGAGGAAUCAGCACAGGCCACACAAUCCGUGAGGUGCUGAAGGGAUGCAAUGUGCUGUGUGGGACACCAGGCAGACUGCUGGACAUUAUCGGCCGAGGAAAGGUUGGUUUGAGCAAAGUCAGGUACCUGGUGCUGGACGAGGCUGACCGCAUGCUGGACAUGGGCUUUGAGCCCGACAUGCGCAAACUGGUGGGGUCGUCGGGCAUGACUUCUAAAGAGGAACGCCAGACACUCAUGUUCAGUGCCACCUACCCUGAAGACAUCCAAAGGUUGGCUGCAGAUUUCCUGAAAAGAGACUACCUCUUCCUGGCUGUAGGACAGGUGGGCGGAGCCUGUAGUGACGUGGAACAAAAUGUGGUUCAGGUCACGCAAUACUCCAAGAGGGAGCAUCUGCUGGAUUUACUGCAAGCAACUGGCACUGAACGCACAAUGGUGUUUGUAGAGACGAAGAGGAAAGCAGAUUUUAUUGCCACAUUCCUCUGUCAGGAGAACAUACCUACCACAAGUAUUCAUGGCGACAGGGAGCAGCGUGAGAGGGAGCAGGCCCUGGGAGACUUCCGCACCGGGAAGUGUCCCAUCUUGGUAGCCACGUCUGUGGCUGCCAGAGGGCUGGACAUCGAGCACGUCCAGCACGUGGUGAACUUUGACCUCCCCUCCGGCAUAGACGAGUACGUGCAUCGCAUCGGGAGAACGGGCCGCUGCGGAAACACCGGGAGAGCCGUGUCGUUCUUCGACCCACACACGGACACCCCGCUCGCCCGUUCCCUCGUCAAAGUUCUCUCCGGGGCUCAACAGGAAGUUCCUCCUUGGCUGGAGGAAAUAGCGUUCAGCGCCCACGGCACCACCGGAUUUAAUCCACGCGGGAAGGUCUUCGCUUCCACGGAUACUCGCAAAGGUUCUGGCUCCUUUCAGAGGGGCAUGCAGCAGCCUGCACAUGGGAACCAAGCUGAAGAUGAAGAAACCUGGGAAUAA